UCUGCACAGUUGUGUUUCCUUAUUCAUUGUGCGCCCUAUGAAGAGCAUUAACUAUCCCUCCCUCCAAUCCUAUUGAAAGGGCUCCGAGGAAGAGAGAGAAAAAACACAGAGGGAGAUGUGAGCAGCAAAUCCCUUUUUUAUUCCCCCUCGUAGCACUCAAUAAGAGAAGAAUGUGUUGCCUAUCUGCUGUCACCGCCGAGGGGAUCAAGUCUGCGGGACUGUCCCACGCGUUCCACGCACCGCGCAGAGCAUCACUCAGAGGGACGCAGUGAGGAGGAGUGCAGCAUCCACUCCACGUCGCACACUCGAGUCAAUUAAGGCGCCGAGGUAAGACACCGUUCGUUGGAUGUUGCAUCAGAUGACAUUAGGACAUGAAAAUAUGUCAAUAUCCAAGGUGAGCGAGAGCGCGAUGAGGAGUCUGGCACUUCUGCUGGGAGUGAAAGCCGCGUGCAUCCUGCUGGUCUCGUCUCUCUCGGGCACCGGGGCGGUCAACAAUAGUGGCCGGUGGUGGGGUGUCGUCAACGUGGCCUCGACCUCCAAUCUUCUCACCAACUCCAAGAAUGUGCAGUUGGUCUUGGACCCGAGCCUGGCCCUACUGAGUCGUCGUCAACGUCGUCUGAUUCGGCAGAAUCCUGGCAUCUUGCACGCCGUCACUGCUGGACUGCACACAGCCAUAAAAGAAUGCAAGUGGCAGUUCCGUAACCGCCGCUGGAACUGCCCGACCACCCACAGCCCGGCGAUAUUUGGCAAAAUUGUCAACCGUGGUUGCAGAGAGACAGCCUUUGUCUUUGCCAUCACCAGCGCUGGGGUGACCCAUGCGGUAGCUCGCUCCUGUUCGGAAGGAGCCAUCGAAUCGUGUACUUGCGAUUACCGACGUAGGGGUCCCGGCGGGCCGGACUGGCACUGGGGGGGCUGCAGUGACAACGUAGAUUUCGGCAGGAUGUUUAGCCGGGAAUUUGUGGACUCCAGUGAAAAAGGUCGAGAUCUGCGCUACCUCACCAACCUGCACAAUAACGAGGCUGGCAGAAUGACGGUGUCCUCAGAGAUGCAGCAGGAAUGCAAGUGUCACGGCAUGUCAGGCUCCUGCACAGUGCGCACCUGUUGGAUGCGUCUUCCAAGCUUCCGCGCAGUGGGAGACUUCCUCAAGGACCGCUUUGACGGUGCAUCUCGAGUCAUCUACGCCAAUAAGGGUAGUAAUCGCGCCUCGCACCGAGCGGACCCUCGCCACCUGGAACCAGAAAACCCUUCUCACAAAUCCCCCUCCGUCAUGGAUCUGGUCUAUUUUGAGAAAUCGCCUAACUUUUGCUCCUUCAAUGGCAAAACUGGCACUUUGGGAACCACGGGUAGAACUUGCAACAGCUCCUCGCCAGGCCUGGAUGGAUGCGAGCUGCUCUGCUGCGGACGUGGGUUUGAGACCCGGGCUGAGAGUGUCACAGAGCGGUGCAACUGCACAUUCCACUGGUGUUGUCACGUCAGCUGCCUGAACUGCACCAGUUCUCGAACUUUACACCAGUGUUUAUGAUCAGGGGUCGGUUGGGGGGGCGUUGCAGAUGAUAAUUUAGACCUGUGACAAGCAAAACUAGUUAUACAUGAUAAAGCAGGCAAAUAUUAGGAUAAACUGACAGGGAUCUUAAUUCAUUUGCUGUUACUGACGGCAAUGGAUGUUUAAUGCAUUUAAACUUGGAGAACUGGUAGUGAAAAAUCACCCCAAAAUUUCAAACUAUAGACAAAAGCACAAACAAAUGAACAGGGUAUACAUAUUCAUGAUAUUAUAAGUUCCACAAUUUCAUUGCGGUCUUUUCGUGAUAUCAUUGUGGUCUCGUCUUGUUGUUACUUAUAGUUUUGUUUUAGGCAGGUAUAUACACAGGCACCCCCACAAAUAGGUCUCCAACAGUUUUGGAGAAGUAUUUAAUUUCUGGAGGCACAUGAAUGUCAACAUUUGAUGGACAGGGAUAGAAGUGCAUGGUAGCAAAUGAUGUAGAUGUCUUUUUUUUUUUUUAUAAACAAACGUGGGAAAAAAAUUUAUAAAAACUACUAAAGCCUAUCGAGAAUGUCACGGCCAGUAUAAAACAUAGGUGUUUACUUCUCCGCAUGCAGUUAACACUGAUCUGUUCUAUUUAGAUUCCAUAUGGAGCAGCACCUGCAUUUCACCCGUGAUCAGAUUCCUCAGCGCGCUAAAAACUAAAUAACUGGCACUGGGGCAUGCCAAUGAAAAUGCGAACCGAUCAAAUCUUACAGAAGCAACUGGACUCAAAUGCAUUAUGAUUACGUUGAGCAUUAUGCAACUAGAGGAUGUAUUUGUAAGUAAAUGUGACCCUGUAAAAGCUCCAUAAAGUGAACCAGACCACAAGGAUUGAGAAUAGUUUUGAAUGUUUUAAUUACAAUUAAACCAACAUCAUACUGUGUAUCGGCUACGAGAACCAAAAUGCUGUAUAUAACAAAAAUAUAUGAAUAUAUUUAUGAACAUCAUUGCUGAAUGAUGUAUGCACCUGUCAAUGCUGGAGAAAAUGAGAUUACUUUCACUCUGACUGUUUUGUAUUUUUAUGAUUAUUUUCUGGAGUAAUGUAGCUGAUUCAAUUUUUUACAAGGAACAGAACAGUGCAACAUCUUGUGUUUUGAAAUGCACUAAAUACACCUCUUUUUAACAGUCUGAAUAUAAGAAAUA